UACAUUUGGCCAGUCUAAUUUUCUCUUCUUCUUGCCGUUGCUUCCGCUUUCUGUUCUUUUUCCUCGUGGUUUUUCGACUGACAAGAUGGCUCCAACCGCCAAGACCAACAAGGGUGAUACUAAGGCCGCCGCUGCCAAGCCGGCUGAAAAGAAGGCCGCUCCUGCAGCCGCCGCCAAGGGCAAAGUGGAGAAGCCAAAGGCUGAGGCCGCCAAGCCCGCCGCCGCCGCUGCCAAGAACGUGAAGAAGGCACCUGAGGCUGCCAAGGAUGUGAAGGCAGCCGCCGCCGCUGCCAAGCCCGCCGCAGCCAAGCCAGCUGCUGCCAAGCCCGCUGCCAAGGAUGCCGCAAAGAAGGCUCCGGCCGCCGCUGCUCCCAAGAAGGAUGCCAAGGCUGCUGCUCCCGCUGCCGCCAAGGCUGCUCCAGCCAAGAAGGCUGCUUCCACCCCGGCUGCCGCUCCUCCGGCUAAGAAGGCUGCUCCCGCUAAGGCUGUUGCCGCUGCUCCGGCUGCUGCUGCCGCUCCUGCUGCAGCUGCCCCUGCCGUAGCCAAGCCAGCUCCUAAGCCCAAGGCCAAGGCUGCCGCCCCUGCUCCCAGCAAGGUGGUCAAGAAGAACGUGCUCCGCGGUAAGGGCCAGAAGAAGAAGAAGGUCUCUCUGCGCUUCACCAUCGACUGCACCAACAUUGCUGAGGACAGCAUCAUGGACGUAGCCGACUUCGAGAAGUACGUGAAGGCUCGCCUUAAGGUCAAUGGCAAGGUCAACAACCUGGGCAACAACGUCACCUUCGAGCGCUCCAAGCUGAAGCUCCAUGUCAGCUCUGACGUGCACUUCUCCAAGGCCUACCUUAAGUACUUGACCAAGAAGUACUUGAAGAAGAACAGUCUUCGUGAUUGGAUCCGUGUGGUGGCCAACGAGAAGGACUCGUACGAGCUGCGUUACUUCAGGAUCAGCUCCAACGACGACGAGGACGACGAUGCCGAGUAAAGUGUAGCAGCAAAAACCCUACGUUUACAUUCGUUUUUAUUAUAUAUCUUAUGUCCUUGAAUGGGCGUGGUUUUAUAAUCUAACAAUAAGGUGUGAACUGAAGGAAAAAAUCCCUUUGGGUUCACAGCAAUAAAAGAUUUGUAUGUGAGCCUCGAGA